AUGUCCACGCCAACUCCGGGGAAGCAUCCGCUAUCGCAGGGCAAGACCCCUUCACAGCCCCAGCCAGGUGCUGCCGCGACUCCUUCAGUUUCAACGCCAUUUUCGGCCGCCGCCGCCUUUUCUCCUCAUGGCCCGAGGUCAUCGCCCCAGCAGUUUAAGAAAUCGCCUACCGCAACCUUGGGCCGCUCUACGGGCCCUGUUAACUACGACAGCCCGUCGGCUGCUGCCGCCCUCGGCAUCCUGGACAUAAGUUCUCUGGGUUUAGACCUCCAGAAUCUUGGGAAUUUGGGGAAAGCUAGUGAGGACGAGAGAGCAAGGCGGCUGGAUAGCGUUAUUGCCGUCCUCGGGCGAAGUAAAGGCCUCGUUAGCGAGGCUGGUUUGGAAAGACUGGCAAAGAAGCUCGAGCUGGAGUUUAUCUGGGAGAAUUCAAUGGACAGUGACGACAGCAAGACACUCAUAGUAGCCGGCUCGGCUCUAGAGUUACUCAUCGGAUUCCGCAGCGACAUCGUACAAUCAGUGAACCUUGCCUUCCCGGAUUCGGCCGAGAUUGUCAACAAGCAUGCCGAGGCCGCUGGCAAGAUUCUCUUCAAGGAUCUGCAACUUCUUGAAGGCCAAAGCCCCCUUACCAAAUCCUUGGAAAAUUUUGCUGCCAAUUUUGAGCGUCUCGCUAUCCUGGAUAAGCUCAGCAUUAGCCCUGGACUUAAUAUGUACGAGGCCGUGGCCGGUAUCUACGAAAGCCUCUGCCGUCUUCACACCUGGGAGCUUCAGCAAGUACGGGGAGACCCUGCAGCUGCGGCCAAGGGCGAGGACCACCUCGAGAGUCUCGUCCUCUGCACGAGAAGCGGGAAUCCAACCAUGAAUACAAGGGGGCGAGUGGGCAUGGCCCUUGAUUACUGGAAAGACAGGAGGUUGCAGCCACCACCGACGGAGCCGGAAAUGAUUGAGUGGGUUGAGGAAAACGAACAAGUAUGGAGUAUCCUCAUCGACUGUGCGCCUCUGAGGGAAAUCGGCGUCAAUCCUGUCCGCAUCUCGGAUAAGUGGAUUGGCCCGGAUGUUGAGAAAGUUCCUCUUCCGGAUGAGCUACAUACGGGCGGCCCGAUCAUCGACUGGCUGGAGCCAGAAAGCACGUUUGUUCCCACGCCAGACCAAACAAAGGCGGAUCCCAUGCAGCCCGACGCCUCGAUUUUAGGGCCGCGCCUCCCCGAUGCCGUCUUCCACGCCACCUUUGACCCGCCUGUCCAUAUCCCAACAACUCUAUGGGGACAAAUCCAGCAGUUGGGUUGCAUGAUGGACGAGACGCCCCUCAAGCAGUUGGCCACGUUCGACAGCUUGGUCCUCCCCUACCCGCCAGGGAAAGAACCCGAGGCAGCAGCGGGGUCGAGGACUGUGACCUGCAACAGACAGACGGCGUACGCAGCACCAGGCGAGGAGAAACUGACAUUGAAGAGCCACGCCAACACGCUUUAUGUGAGCAAGCCGAUUCCAAGCCGGACCCUGACCACCAUGACCUUCUCGCACCCCCAACAACUCAUCACCAUUCUUCCCUACCUCCGGCAGUACGCCUUCCUCGCCACACUACUCGAGCGCAGCCUCACCCAAGACCCCGACCCCACCCGCUUCCUCGACCCAGCCGACGUAAAACCGGCCGCUCCACCCACUAUCACAGGAACAACAACCACCAGCCAAGACGACUACGACACCCUUGCCAACCCCCUCCUAACCCCCAAGACGGACGACGGGCCCGAGGACAACGAGAAGGACGAAGAAGAGGGCAGUGAGGGCCACCUCAACAUCGACCUAACCCUAACCAUGCUGCCGGUGCCACAAUUGCGCGUGGUCUUCCCGUUCCGCGACAGGACGGCGCACGUCACGCUGGAGAUACAGGAGAACGGGCACGUGCAUGUGGAUUCGCAGGACGUGCUGGAUGACAGCAACAUGGUGGCGCCCAACGGGCGGCAGCGGAGCGGAGAGGAUGUUGGGGCGCUGUUGGAGAGGAUGGAGGAUGUCGGGAAGUGGGCCGAGUUUAUCCGGUCGAGGUGGGCUUGA